CGUUGGGGGAAGGAUAGCAGACCGAAUCAAUGGCUACGACGAUGCUUACCUCAACUCCACAGCGAGAGAGAAAGCAAAAAAUUCAUUAAAAAUCUCAGAGAAGAGAAAAGCCCCUCACCUCCUCUCAUCUCUCAAUCAACAAGGUAAGUAGACCAAACCAAGCUUCUAGCUUUCUUCUCCUCCAUAGAUUUUGUAUGGGCUUCGUUUCUCUGAAAUUUCACUUUUUCACUUAAACCCAUCUCCAAGAUGCAAGCUUUAAGCUUCUUCGAUUCAAAAGGGGCCUCUUUGGUUACCAGUUGUUUUGAUUCUGGCAUAAACCCUUCUUUUAUUUCGAGGAGAAGGAAAAAGGGUCCGUUUGUUAGUAGUAGCAGUUUUCAGAAAUCCUAUGUUUCAACCAGCAAUUUCGAUUUGAGGAGUCAAAAUCAAAUUCUAAGACAUGGGUUUAUUUCAAUUGGUGUUAAAUCUCACGUUUAUGGACCAAAGAAGGGAUCUUUGGGUAGGUCGCUUGCACUGCCUUUGGCAUUAGAGCAAGAGGUUGUCGGGUGUCAAAAUGUUGAAGAAGUUUCAGACUUAGAUGUGGCUGAAAGUGAUGAGAUAGUCAAUGGAAAAGAGGGCGAACGUGACAAUGUUGCACAACUGGAAGAGGUGAACGAGAGGAAUGAGAGUGAAGUGGUUGAGAAAGGGAGGGUCGAUGUUCGUGCAUUGGCUAAGAGCUUGUAUGAUGUGAAAACUGCAGAUGAUGUCGAAGAAUUGCUCAAGAAUUCGGAAGAUUUGCCUCUUCCUGUUUAUUCAUCCAUAAUCAGAGGAUUUGGAUUCGAGAAGAGAGUAGAGCCUGCAUUUGCUCUUGUUGAAUGGCUGAAGAGAAAGGAGGAGGAUACCGAUGGUGCCAUUGGGCCGAAUCUUUUCAUCUAUAACAGCCUCUUAGGUGCUGUAAAACAAGCUGAGCAAUUCGAAAAGAUCGAUGGGAUAAUCCAAGAAAUGAAAUCACGAGGAAUUCUUCCAAAUAUCGUGACCUAUAAUACUUUAAUGUCAGCUCAUUUAGAAAAGGGACAUCCUAAUGAGGCACUUUCUGUACUAAAUGACAUCCAGAAGAUUGGCCUGUUGCCAUCUCCCGUUACCUACUCAACUAUUUUACUAGCUUAUAGGGAGUUGGAAAAUGCAAGUGGUGCUAUCGAGUUCUUCGUCAAGUUGAGAGAGGAAUACGAGGAGGGAAUUUUAGGUGAAGAUAAGGAUUAUGAUUGGGAUGCUGAGUUUUCUAAGCUUGAAAAAUUCACAAUUCGAAUUUGCUAUUUAGUAAUGCGCCAAUUUCUUGUCAAAGAAGACAAUCAACCAACCAAUGUGUUUAAGGUUCUUAGCGAUAUGGACAAGGCUAGGAUUAAACCAGGGAGAGAGGAAUGCGAGCGAAUAAUUUGGGCAUGUACUCGUGCAGACCAUUAUACUGUGGCUCGAGAGUUAUAUCAAAGGAUACGAGAAAUGGAUAGCGAAAUUAGCUUAUCAGUAUGUAAUCAUGUUAUAUGGCUAAUGGGUAAAGCUAAAAAAUGGUGGGCGGCUUUAGAAAUCUAUGAAGACCUCUUGGAUAAAGGGCCUAAGCCAAAUAACCUAUCUUAUGAAUUGAUCAUUUCUCACUUCAAUAUUCUACUUACUGCUGCAAGAAAAAAGGGAAUUUGGAGAUGGGGAGUUCGGCUAAUCAACAAAAUGCUUGAAAAAGGAUUAAGACCUGGAGCUAGAGAAUGGAAUUCUGUUCUUGUUGCUUGCUCUAAAGCAUCAGAAACUUCUGCGGCCGUGCAAAUAUUUAGGAGAAUGGUCGAGCAAGGGGAAAAGCCUACUGUUCUCUCGUACGGAGCAUUACUUAGUGCUUUAGAGAAAGGAAAGCUAUAUGACGAAGCAUUAAGAGUUUGGGAGCAUAUGUGCAAAGUUGGUCUCAAGCCAAACUUGCAUGCAUACACUAUUUUGGCAUCGGUUUAUAUUGGAAAAGGAAAGCCUGAGAUGGUGGAUUCUGUUCUCCACGAGAUGACUGAAGUCAGAAUCCUACCAUCUGUAGUAACUUUCAAUGCUAUAAUUACUGGGUGUGCGAAGAAUCAAAUGAGUGGUGCUGCUUUUGAGUGGUUUCACCGUAUGAAGGCUCAAAAUAUUAAACCAAAUGAUAUUACUUACGAGAUGUUGAUUGAAGCACUUGCGCGUGAUGGGAAGCCAAAACUAGCUUAUGAGAUGUACUUGAAGGCUCGAAAUGAUGGGCUACAUCUUUCUUCAAGGGCUUAUGAUGCUGUUAUGGAGUCAUGUCGGUAUUAUAAUGCAAGCUUAAACAUGAAUGCUUUAGGACCACGGCCAUCAGAGAAGAAGAAUGUGAUAAAGAUUAGGAAGAAAUUAACAGACUUUUGUAACCUGGCUGAUGUCCCGAGGAGAAGUAAACCCUUUGAUGAGACUGAAUUAUACACUUCACAGAUGCAAGAAAGAUAGUUGCAAAGUGUGGCUACAUUUACAAGGAGUCCAUUUUUGAUGUUAAAUCUGUAAGUUAAAACAUGCAUCAUGAUUAUCUUCAAUCCAAAUACAUGUAUACUGAGAAUUGAGAAAUGAAUUAAUUACUAUAAAUUACAAUCUUCCAAAUUUCCUAA